UUUUCCAGUUCUGGCCGACUGUUUACUAUCGACUGGAAAGAUUUGCAUGUAAAACAAAUAAAAGUGUAGCUACUAUUGGCGUUAAAGCUCCUGUCUCCACAUACCACAAUAUUAAUUUAUAAAAAAAUUAACAAUAUGAGCUCCGCCGCGGUAUCUGCUGCUAUUCAAAGCACAGCUGGAGCAGUACCCAUCCGAAAUGAAAAAGGUGAGAUUUCUAUGCAGAAAGUUAAGGUGCAGCGCUACGUGUCAGGCAAGCGUCCAGAUUAUGCUCUUGGAGGAACAAGUUCUGAUGAAUCCGACUUGGAGGACUUCAUAGACCACCGCAAACGUGCUGCUCAGGCCCAACUUGAACGACGCUCACAACGAGAUCAUGCAACGGAAGAAAUUGAAGCUAAGGCUCCAUCAGGCGACGAGGCUGAAGUCGAUGAUCCGCGUUUGAGGCGCCUACGUAUACGUCCCGAAGAUCAGGAAGAAUUGGAAAGAGAACGACGUGAAAGACAUAGACAUAUUCACGAACCAGAAAUAGUUGAGUCUGAAUCCGAGGAAAGUGAACCAGAAGUAGCCACCGGAAAUGCAACAAAUAAAAUAACCCUAGCAUCUGAAUCAGAUUCGGAUUCUGAAUUAAGUGAGGAGGAAUUGGAAAAUCGGCGCGUUAGGCUACGACAUCGAAUGCUGCAGCAGCAAAAGGAAGAAGAGAUUUUGCAAAAAGAAGAAGAAAGGCAGUCUGAGUCCUCUGAAACUGAAAGUUCUGAAUAUGAAGAUGAGACAGAGAGCGAAGAAGAUAACGAACCCCGCCUUAAACCUCUCUUUGUUCGUAAACGUGAACGCGCCACUAUUCAGGAAAAGGAACGAGAAGCGCAAAAACAAAAGCAGUUAGAAGUAGAAGCCAAAAGGGCAGCUAAAGACCGAAGACGCGCUACUCUACGUCUCGUAGAGGAGAGUGUUAAAAAGGAUCUGGAAAAGUCCAAGCCUGACACUGCUGAAGCCAGUAUCGAGGAUGUUUGUACUGAUGAUGAAAACGAUGAAGUUGAAUACGAAGCUUGGAAAUUACGUGAAUUAAAACGAGUGAAGCGUGAUCGGGAAGAGCGUGAGAACGCCGAACGAGAUAAACAAGAUAUUGAUCAUAUGCGUAACUUGACCGAAGAAGAACGUCGUCAAGAGCUGCGUAACAAUCCUAAAAUUAUCACUAACAAAGCUGCCAAAGGAAAGUAUAAGUUUUUGCAGAAAUACUAUCAUCGCGGUGCUUUCUAUUUGAACGAGGAAAGUGAGGUCCUAAAGCGUGACUUCGCGCAGGCCACACUGGAAGAUCAUUUCGACAAGACGAUUUUGCCAAAGGUUAUGCAAGUAAAGAACUUCGGCCGAUGUGGUCGUACAAAGUACACACACUUGGUAGACCAAGAUACAACCAAGUUCGACUCUCCUUGGUACGCUGAAACUUCGAACAACAUAAAAUUUCACAAUGAGAAGGCUGGUGGCAUGAAGCAAGUGUUUGAUCGGCCCUCCUUGUCAAAACGCAAGAAGAUGGAAUAGAGAUUUCGUACGAGGAAUAUUUCUGCCGGAGGUGUACAGUUUGCUAUAUAAGCCUUAGAUCUAGA